AGAGAGUGUCUCUAUCUUUGAAGCUCUGUUUGAAGCCUUGGAUAUGGCGAGAUUUUCUGAACUAGGACCCUUAGUUUUGAUCCUGUGCUUGGUCUUAUAUGGCAGUUCUGCUGAGCAAUUCAACCCCACCACGCAACCCAAAAUUCCUGCCACUGACUCACCUGACAAACCGUGACAACAUGCAUCACCACAGCAGACACACACUCCAGCAUUAUCGCUCUCCGCUCAAUCAGUCUGUCCCAAUCGUGACCUCUGACCUCCAUCCUCCUUCAUGCUGCACUGCAAGCUCUCCUUCAAAAUCACAUCAUCAGUGGAUUAGUUGUAUCAACAGCAGUGUUAUAUUUUGUAAUGUAGCUAAUCUUAAUAUAGUAAAAGUGUUUUCUCAUGAAGUUUGCUGAAGAAAUGAAUUAUACAGUACUUAAAUAGUACUGUUUUGUGAGGUAAUGUGAGUAAGUAGCAGCACAUUGUGCAGUAAUUUUAGUCUAAUCAUCAUAAUACAUGAAAUAAUGAAAAGUUCAGUUGCUCAAUGUCAUUCUAAUGAAGUUAAUAAAGUGUUAUCUCACACCUUCCAUCGGCCCAGAAACAGAAGCUGCAACUGAUAAAAAUCCAAGUCAGUACAACCUUAUGAAGAUUGUGAACAACAACACAGCAACAACCCAUGUGGUGAAUAUCAUCGGCUCCGUGAACCAAACAUACACAAUCAGGAUAAAAGAUAAGCACAAUGAGAUCCGUGCCCAACAAAUAUUUAACCAAACUGCCUUUGAAAUACCGUUUGAAUGGUUAAGACCAUGCACUGUGUACAACGUCAGUGUGGACGACUGCACAUCCAAUGGAAGCAACACCUUUACGUCCAGUGAACAAGGAGGAACUGUUCCAAAAACUGUUGUGGAAACCUUAACAGAUAAUGAAGUGUGUCUGAAAGGAGAAUUCACUGAUAUUCAAUGGAAUCUGAUUGAAUGUGUCAAAAUAACAGAGCAAAACUCUUGCACAUCCACACACACUGUUGUACUGGACACAUGCAACUACACAAUGAAUGUUGAUAUGCCCCCAGUCAAACCUGAAAUACGCUUCAAUCCAACUGUUCCCUCUCAGUUUGAAUGGACUAAUAAACCAGCACGAUGUAAUCCUGUGCUUAAAGUCAUUUGCACCCAUGGCAAUGAGAAAGAAACUUAUGGUUUAAAUGUAGCACAGUUUUUAUCACUCAAUGAACAGUACAGCUGCAUUGGAGAAUACCCUUAUCAGAAACGACUCAUCAAGAGUAAUUCACUGUCCUUUCAAAUACCAUGUGAUGGGCAAAAGAAUGGACGAUUUGAGAACAGCACCAGCACCUCAUUCGAAAUAUCCUGGAAUCCACUUGAGGGAGAUCAGUGCUCAGGGAUUAUAUGGGACAGUUUUUCAGCCAGCUGCAAAACCCGUGAUGGUGUUGGAUACAGUCAGUCAAGGAAUUGUGUAAAAUACAGUGGCACUAGCACAAAUUGCAUUAUUACAAAUUUAUUUCCAUAUAAAAACUAUAUAUGCAGUAUUAAUGGAAAAGUCAACAAAAGAGAUUAUGUAAUUUUCACUGGUGAGAAGAAAACACUUUCUGACAAGCCCAUUUUCAAAUCAGAAAUUGAAGUGACUCACCCUGAUCACAAUUCUCUUGAAAUAAAAUGUGAAAAAAAGGAACCAAAGAUAAUCUGGAAUGGAGGAAAGGGAACAUUCAAGGCUGAAAUCACAUACAAUGGAGAAACUAUCUCUAAAACCAGUGACACAUGCUUGUUUACAUUUUCAGAUCUUUACUAUCUUACAACAUAUGAUGUGAAGAUUACAGCCACCAAUACAGAUGGACAUUCAGAUUUCAUUAAACAUGAAACUGCUACUAAAUACAAUCGCAAGGCUGUUGUUGGAUUCUUGGCAUUUCUAAUCACUGUCACAUCAGUUGUGCUCUUCCUAAUUUACCUUCACAAAAGAAAACGGAUUUGUCAACACAAGAAUGGUGAAGAUGAAGAAAGUGUAUAUGUGAAUGUUCCUAUACGCUUACACAAAAUGUAGACAAAACAACGGACCAGCUGGUGAAUAUGAAUGGCUGCAGUUUUUGUUAAAACCAGUACACCGUCAAUUUAUAUGAUUGUGUAUACAAAGGAGCACAACUUUUACUUCUGGUUGUAAGUGUUUUACCUGAACAUUUUUGCAAUAAAUAAAGG